AUGGUAUGUCGACAGCCGUUGCUGUUGGUUGUAGUGCUGCUCACAACCUCCGCAGCUGCUUCAUGGACUAGUGAUGCCAGCUUUGCGACAAGCACGACGGCCAAAGAUGCCACGUGCAAGCAGCACGACCACAUGUCCGUGCUCCAACUGGGAACUACGCGGGCCUCCGCCCAGCAGAUUCAAACCCAGAGCAAUAGCCUGGCAGUCGACGAAAUCAAAACGUACAUGCCGGCUGUGGCUCUGGCGCUGUUGGGUGCGGCUACUCUGUUCCUGGUCUUCACAUGUGUCGUGAACGCAGCCACUGUCCCCUACACCAUGGCACUGGCGGUCUAUAUGAACUUCCAGGACAACUUCUUCUUCACGCUGGUCCUGGUCCGCAGCCAUGGCUUAGCAGAUCACUUCCAUGCCAACCCUUUGAUCUCCGGGUGGUUAGUGGGUGGCCACAAGUUGGGCACGGCUCUGGGGAUGAUGUCGGUCUUCCUGGCCCUGAAGGUUUCGCCAGAGUUCUGGCGGAAAACCUCGACCGUGUACUCUGCUGCAGUGGUGCUGCAAGUCAUCUCGGCUGGAGCCUUUGCAGCCUGCGCCUUUCUCGGAGAUGCUGGUCUCGCUGGGAUGGCGAUCACGCGACCCCUCAUGGGACUGGGCGGGGGAUUUCAGGUUAGCCUGGCCUUCACCCAAGUAGCUCACCUCGGUGGCCAACAUCGGGCGUUGUACAACUUGCGCGUCUUUGUGGGAGGCUGCAUUGGCAUCGGUGCUGGGCCAUUGCUCAGUUCCCUUGCUACGACCUAUUCGCGGCCAAGACCCUUUGGCGAGGAGGGCUUCGAAGGCAUGCUGACCUUUGUGGCUUUGGCCCCCUGGAUGCAGGUGAGCCUGCUGCUUCUCCGCUCGAUCCCUUCCCUGGACCAUGUGACCGUGCAAAGCUCCCCUCAAAGAGCAUCGCGUGCACAGGCGUUGAUUGUGUGCCUGUGCCUGGCCAUGUUGGUGCUCCGGAACCUGGCCUUGUCCUCACUGGAAGUUGGCCUCGCUCAGCUCGCGCAGACACACUACAAGUUUGAUCAUCUGUCUGCCGGCUUACUAUGCGCCAUCACCGUAUUCAUAACCUUGCCUGUUCAGUUUCUCUACGAAAGUAGUGAGAGAUGCCGGUUCUCCCUGGGCACCAUGCUCUGGACUGGCUUGGCAGCCAGCUGCCUCUUGCUUAGCGAGAAGUUCCUGGUGUUUUACCUUGGGGCCCUCCUGUUCUUCCCGAUGAUGGUCCUGAGCAGUGGCCUGGUCAUGGCGAAGAUGCAGGAAUAUGCGAUGCCGGAUGGCUCACUGCUCGACCGGAACACAACUACACUGCUGGGCCUGGUCAUGGCGGAUUUGUUUGGGCGAGCUUUGGGGCCCAUCUCAGCCCGGCUCAGUAUUUCCGCAGGGGGCCAGCACGCGUUUGCCCUCACACAAAUCAUGUUCGUGUCUUCGAGCCUUCUACUCCACCUAGCAAGUGGGAUCACCAGUCACCAGGUGGACGAGAAGGGAUCACUUCUGGAAUCCCCAGAGAGCACGUGCUCCAUGGCUAUCGAAAGAAGGUAG